AUGAACUCAUCUAAUUCUACUAGAUAAUCUCAUCACUCUAAUUCCAUAGCGAUAUAUGUAUUUAUUGGAGUUUUUGCUGUUGUUGUGUUACUGGUAAUUGCUAUAAUCAUACUCAUUCAAAGAGAACAUAGAAGAUUGCAUCAGCGUGUUCGCUAUUCUGAAAUGGCCUAUACGAAGAAGGAAAGCAACACUACUUUGGAGGGGUAAUCAAUUGAGAUUUCCCAUUCAGAACCGCAGCAACCCCACUGUCCUGACAAAUUAGUGACCUUCGCAUAGUGA